UUCUGAAAGACAUUUUAUUAUCUAUUCUCACUUUUCAGUCAUCCAUCCUCCAAUCACAGACCAGAAAUAAAUUUCCCCCAAAUCAAAAAGAACUUUUUUCUUAUAAAAAUUCCCCCAAAGUUCGAUCGAUAGAGUGGGUUCCUCCCAUGGCUCCCGAUUGAUAAAAUCCCAGAUGAGAUCCUACUUCUUCUUAGGUCAAUCAAUUCCUCUGCAACCAGCGAGACAGAGUGAGAGAGUGAGAGAGAGAAAGCGACACAGACGGAGGCAACAAAGGAGAUACAGAGCUUCUCAUGCAUGACUACGGUCGAUUCUUUCUCUGCCGCAGAAUCGAGCAUGGACGAUAGCUCUCCUGACCAACAACUCCUUCAGCAAAGCAAUCUCAAUCUCCAGAACCGUAUCUAUGGUGGUACUAAUAAACGCCGCCGCAGCCGGGGUGAUGGUAAUGGGAUUGAAGAUCAUGGAGGAGAUAAGAUCGAAGAUGAUGCAGGGGAAGGCGAUGUUGAGGUGUGGAAGAAGUUCAAUGAGAGUUUUAAGCAAAUCCAGUCGGUGUUGGAUCAGAAUCGUCUUUUAAUUCAACAGGUCAACGAGAAUCACCAGUCCAAGAUCCCAGAUAACCUUGCUAAAAAUGUCGGUUUGAUUCGGGAGAUUAAUGGGAAUAUCUCUAAGGUCGUCUCGCUUUACUCUGAUCUGUCCUCCAACUUCUCCAGCGUUUUCCAUCAGCGCCGUGGGAUGGCCGCCAAGAGUAGCGACACAGAUAAUGUCAGCAACUGAAAAGGAGAGAGCGUGGAGGCUUGAAAUAGAUCAUUAUCAGUACUUCCAAUUUCCCCCCAGUGUCUGUUGCAUAGUUGGUCUUGUUAAGCUUGUAUCAGUUGUUAGUAGGUGUCUCUCGUUAGCUGCGUCUGUCUGUCUGGUUUGUUUCGUUGGUUUGGUCAGUCUUUGUUGGACAAAGAGUGGGGCAAACUUUGGUGGAAAUGGUUUUCAUUUGCAGGAUUAUGGUGUAUCUGAAAGAAGCAUAAUAGCAAGACUUCGAAGACAAGUAUUUUACCUUCCAGAUAUCUUCUACAUUAUCAUGGUCAGAACAGUCCAUCAUCAACUGAACUUGACACGUUUUGGGGGAUAUCAAUAUGUAUUCUGUCAUCCAUAUUUGGAUUCAGAUUUUUUUUUUUUUGCGUACUGUUCACUCCCACAUUAUCAGAGUGUGUUCACCUCCUUGGGGCACCAUCAAACUUAUCUUCGAUGGAUGCUCCUUGGGAAAUCCAUGCUUCUUGGGUAUUGGGAGAACCUUCAGAGAUCUAGGGCAAGAUUAUUCAUGCUUAUUUGGUGCCUGUUGAGGGUGUGAAUGCUACACAGUAGAGAUCAUGACUCAGUUUCUUCAUCCUUUGUUUUCGGACAUAGUUUGUCGAGGGUGACGAUCCUUGGAGACAUCACCUUAAUAGGGGCUUCCAGGCCAUUGCAUCCUCUCAGAUCUUGUGCAGUGGAUUCCUAGGUUGGCAAACUUAGUGGACAAACUAGCAAAGCUUGGGUCUGUGAGGGAACCAUGUAUGUUGGGUCUUCCGUACUAUAGACUUUUGACUUUUCUUUUCCCUUCUUGUGGGGCAUGAAAUGCUUUAGAGGGAUUGAAUUUGGAUUGCUUUGUAAUAUAUUUCUAUCUAUUAAUAGACCAUGCAGUUAUUCAUUAAAAAUAUGGUGCUGUCUGGCAUCUGCUAUUUGUGUUUUCAUUGAUGGAAAUACAAACAUUAUUUAUUGCCUGCC